AUGCAUACAUAUAUACACAUCUUAGGUGCAAUAGUGAGACAGAGAGAUAGCAUUUCAACGGUGACGACAGCCGCAGCCUACGCCACUACACCGACGGACGGCUGGGAAAUUGAUCCGGCGGAGUUGGAAUUAGGUCAAGAAUUGGGUCAGGGUGCAUUUGGAAGGGUCAUCACUGGAUUCUACAAGAAGAAAAGGGUCGCCAUUAAAGUUUUGAAAGAAAGCAUACCAGACCUCUACAGAGAGGACCUAUUAAGAGAGAUAGCCCUGUUGAAGAGCAUAGGCAUCCACCCUUGUAUAGUAUCCAUGCUAGGUGCCUCCACCGUUAAGGAACCCAUUGCUCUUGUUAUGGAGUACAUGCCCUAUGGAAAUCUUCUGGAGUUUUUAAGGUUUAACAGGGAGUUGGUGUGCAUCCACUGCAUGACCGAUCCCAUGACCAAUCAGAAAGAGGUCUGGGAGAUCACAUCCAAAUGCCUCAUUUCAUGGGUCAGACAGAUUGCGGUAGCUAUGGAGUACCUAUCAAGCAAGCAGUACGUGCACAGAGAUCUGGCGGCCAGGAAUAUACUUCUUGGCAUCAACAAAUCCGUGAAACUGUGCGACUUUGGACUGGCUCGCCUGAUCUUCCACGGUGACCCCCACUACUUCAGGAGGACGAACGGCAGGCUGCCAUUUAAGUGGAUGGCCCUCGAGUCCAUCAAGGAUCGCCUCUAUACCAGCAAGAGUGACGUCUGGUCUUUUGGCAUCCUACUCUGGGAGAUCGCCACGUUUGGGGCUGCUCCGUACCCCAACAUACCUGUAGGGGAAUUGUACAGGUACCUCGGGGAAGGCUACAGAAUGCCACAACCUUACAAUUGUUCUGAGGAACUAUAUCAGCUAAUGUACUCUUGCUGGUCUACCUCCCCUGACGACCGCCCAACGUUUAGUGACCUCCGUUGCAAGCUGGAGACCAUGCUGACCAAGGACGUGGAGUACCUCGACCUUGACCUUGCUAACUUCCAGGCCUCAUUUCUUGCUUGCGACGGUCGCGAUGACAAAGACGGUGUAGAGCUUCACAAAGAGAGCUUUAUUGAAGAUAACAAUGUCUUUGAAGGUUUGAAUUUGGAAAGUGUAUAG